UGUUGACUCAAAAUUACCAAAGCAAAUUUAUUAAAAAAAAAAACCAUAGAAUUACAUCAGCAAAAAUGGCGACUAACGGUGGAAAAACCAGCGACGCCGCCGCCGCUCGACGGCGGCGAAUAGCUGAACGAGGAGCUGAGCGUUUAGCUCUCAUCACUGGCCGUGUCCAAUCCCUAUCAUCUCCAUCAGUUCCUCCUUCCGAUCAACUACCUCUCUCCGAUGAAAACACCGAUUCCCCUCUAAGCACAAAGGUUGUUGUCAAGGAUGUUAUGAGCAAUGUCAAAUCAGUAACUUAUGAAAACACUGAUUCCCCUCUAAGCACAGAGGCUGUUGUCAAGGACGUUCUGAGCAAUGUCAAAUCAGUAACUGAUGAAAACACUGAUUCCCCUGUAAACGUAGACGCUGCUAUCGAGGAUCUUAUGAGAAAUGUUCGAUCAUUAACUGAUAACUUGGGGACCACAAAUGAGUCAUUUGCACAAAUUUCUUCUGAACCUAACAAAAUACAAUCGUUUCCCAAUGUUUCAACAGAACAGGGAUCAUCUAGUUCUGGACCAAACAACUCACAAAAGCCCAGAUCACAAACCCGUCUUCAUGAAGCUUUCACUCCUAGUCAAUUACGCCGUGCUAUUACAGCUUCAGAAAGUAUUCGAAGAAUCUGUUGUUUUGCAGCUGCCUUUUUAGUUCUGUUGUCAUAUGCAGGUUUCCCUAUUCUUGGGAACAGUACUAUAAAGAACAUCAUACUUACCAGACCUCUUUUUCUACUUAUAUUGACCAACAUAACGAUUGUGAUUGCACCUCCUCUCUUGGAAAAAGUCAAGCAGAAAGAACAUAGGAGAUCAUCAACUGGUGAGGCGGGUUUUGCCAAUCAUGUAGGUACGAUUCUGGAGUGGGGUUUGGUGAUGAAAACUGGUUCAAGUGCUUUAUUUAUGGAUUGUAGUAUAUACUCGCUAGUUGUUAUUUGUGGCAUGUCAUUUCUGCAGUUUUCUGGGUGGUAGAAUGUUCUGCUUUUUGUAGUCAUUACUUUUAGAUACAUAUUUCUAUAAAUAGUUUUCUGUUUUUGAAUCA